AGUCAGCCGCCCGCGCCAGCGCCCGCCAUGGUCCAGCGCGCCUUCUGCACGCCGCCGCCGCCGCUGCCGCUGCUGGCAGCUGUUGUAGUGGUGGUGGUGGUGGUGCUCCAACACGGCAGAGCUGCCACAGCGCUGUUCCCCACGUUUGCCGUCGACUCCAACACCCCUGACGCCAACGCCGCCCCCGAUAUCACGAUAGUCGACGACGUGUUCGCCGACCCCGGCGACGACGUCUUCGCGACCGCCGUCGACCGAUCUUCCACCACGCCAGACUCUAACACCACCGGCAAUGUCGAGGCUGCUGUUCCAUCUGCAAUUGUCGCCGCCUCCAACAGGACGGACAGGGUGCUCAACUUCUUUCCGGUGCCCGUAGACGACGAAUGCCUCUCGGACGACGGACGCCGCUCAGGGGUGUGCCUCAACACGUACGAAUGCCGCAUCCAGGGCGGCGCCUCCCACGGCCCAUGUGCUCUCGGCUUUGGCGUCUGCUGUGUCUUCACGGCGACUUGCGGCCAGGAGAUUUUCAACAACGUGACGUACUUCGUGAACCCGCACUUCCCAGGCCUGUCGACGUCUUCUUCCACGUGUACAAUCACCAUCAAGAAGGUGGUACCCAACGUCAGUCAGCUGCGGCUCGACUUCGUACACUUCAGCAUGGGCCAGCCAAACAGGCGCACUGGAGUGUGUGACUCCGACAUGUUCCUCAUAUCCGCAGGACCAGCGAGGCAGCUCACGCUAUGCGGUCAGAACAGUGGACAACACAUGUACUUUGACGUGGACAGCGUGAGAGACCCAAUUAGCAUUACUAUGAAUUUGAGCAGAAGCGACCUAAACCGAAUAUGGGAAAUUAAGGUGUCCCAGAUUGUUUUCAACCAGAGGGCUCCAGCUGGAUGUUUACAGUACCACCAGGGAGAAACUGGUAUUAUACGAACAAUGAACUUUGCUGAGAAUGGAAGACAUUUAGCCAAUCAGGAUUACCUGAUUUGUGUCAGGCAGGAAUCAGGUAUGUGCUCCAUAGCCUAUGAGCCAUGUGAUGAGAACUCAUUCAGGAUUGGGCCACCAGAAAACCAGGCAGAUGAAGGCUCUGGAGGUGGGGAUACAAGAGAAUGUGAUGAUCGCAUUGUGAUGCCAUGUGAUUCAGAAGACUUCAUUAUGCCAAAAGAAAAUGGUGGAGGAAUGGGUGGAGUGUGUGACUUGCUUCAUUGUGGCAGCUCCUUCUGCAGCCCUGGAGAGGUACCAUGCAGAGUAGAGAGUAGCACAACACCAUUCACCAUCCGUGUGCAGUUUGGUCCUGGAAAAGAGAAUGAGUCCCCCGAUGACAACAUUGGGAUGUGCCUGAGAUAUGAGCAGCUUCCUUGUACGUCAUAAUCCAUAUGGCACUUGCUAGUCAGCUUUGUGUACGCAAUACAACCGUUUGUUUCAGGUUGCAGAUAGAGUGUUAUAUGGAUCAUCAAUGUGCUUCCACCAGAGGAAUUUCCAUAACUUUUGAAGGAUAAUUUUUAAAGCACUACUCACUUGUUUUGACUAUUAGUAAGUUAUUCCUGAAAUUUGUGAUAUGCUGAGGAUGCUGUGUAAUAGAGAAAGGUGAAACCUAUUGAACACACAUACUGUUUUGUUGCUUUUAAUGUAAGUGAGAUUACUUUAAGAUCAUCUUGUAUAUGUUUCAACAUUCAGCUGAGGUGUGUGUGUGUGUGUGUGUGUGUGUGUGUGUGUGUGUGUGUGUGUGAAGUAUUUUUUCUAUGUAUUUGUGUGUAUUUAUUGAAUCAUUUGCUGCUUGACUGUGUGACUCUGUUGCUACGGUAUUGUGCCAAAUUUAAUAUAUUUCUCAAAAGAACUCUCAUUUGUUUUCAAAACAGGAAGUUUCAACACCCAAAUGUAUACUAACUUACUGUGCAACAAACCUAAGCAGACUAUUACAUUUGCUUUGUAUGUUUCUCAUAUUUGUCACUCGAAAGCCAUAUCACUUUCAGAAAUGAGCCAUUUUUUUGUAUUCCAUCCUAGAAUUUCAACUGUUGAAAAUCGAGGUUAAAUGCAAUAUUACUCUCAGUUUUUCCAUGUGAUUAUUUUGUUGUUGGUUGCAAAAUAUUUAUGGAGUUGUUAUUGAAAACUAGUUAUUGUUUCUUUGGCCACAACUAUCAUUAUUUUUCUGAGAUAUGUUAGUUUAGAACACAAGAGUUUUUGCUGAAUAUUCUGUGCUGUUUAUAAUUUUGUCAUUUGUACUUUCAGCUGUGUAUUUAUUUCUUGUAGAUGUCUGUGAUGAUAAGCUGUUUGAAACUUGUGCUGUAGGUGCUUCUCAUAAAUAUUUUUCCUCCUUUCCAAGGCUGAUGCAUCAAGUGUUAUAAAUGCAGUUGUCCUUUUUGGUAUGAGUAAGUUACUUCUGUCUGUCUUCCUGCACAACUGACACUGACUGCUCACAAUUGAGAAAGUCUGUUAAAAGAGAGUUAAAAGAGAGUAAUAGUUUGUGACACAUAAUUUUGUAAAUUUCUAUUGGUUCUGCACCCAUCACUUAUGACAACAUAAGAUAAUUUGUAUGUUUUCCGUAUAUGUGGUUGGAGAGAAAAGAAAUCUCAAUGAACAUGCUGUCCAAAACUUACAAUGUUAUUUGCAUAGAAAUGUGCUACCUUAAAAACAAUGAACUGAGUAAUUGAUGUUUCUGUUGUUCUUUCUGAAAAAUUUCUUUUAAUUUUAUUGACUGAUGAAACUUAGGAAAAAUCACUUCUUUGGUGACUGUGACAGGUGUAAUUAAUGUAGACUUAUUUAUAGGAUAUAACUUAGCGAAAACCUGUUCCUGACAUUUUGAAAACAAAUUUUCAUGCAAUAAUUGCUAUCUUUUGUCGGUAGAUAGACAAAUCAUAAUUUUCAGCAUUUCGAUGGCACUGUCACAUAAGUUCAACCAAAUGUUACUGCUCAUACUCCCCUUAUUUGUAUAUAUACACAAUAUGUCUGUGCAUUCUGUGUAGGUCUAAUAGUGUCAACAUUCUCAUGCAAUUCGUACCAGCAGUUUUUCAAAUUCAUUUAAGUUUCAUUUUCUUCAGACUGUUAGUUACUUGCAUUCUGCAUAGGUGCCUAAUGCUUUAAUUAAUUAAUAUAUUUAUGAAUUACUCAUUAAAGUUGUGAAGUCUAUUACAUGAUUAAUGUUUAGUAGAAAUAAAAAUAAACACAAGAUGUGUGCCAUGGGAGACAGUCACUUUUGUCAGUCUGUUAGUGAAGAAAAUUAACUUUCUCUGUACUGAUCAUAAUAUUAAUUUGUUUUUACAGUGUUGUAUACCUAGUCUGCCACUGUUACUCAUGACAGUAAAAUUUUCCUUUUCAGCCCUCUGAUAAUCAGUGACAAACAAACAUUAAUUUUUCUCUUAAUUAAUUUUUCUUGACAACUAUUUAUUAAAACACAUUUUAGUGUCUUGUUUCCUCUCAAGAUGUGCAAACAAGUAGUCUCAGUCAGCAAGUGACUACAUUAACCUCCUACACACUGGUAUCUGAUGUUGUGACACUUAUAGCCAAUCUGUGAGACAAUCUCCAAUGGCCCAGUAGUAGCAUUUCCAUAAGACUGUGUGCCAGGCAUAAGUCCAAACUGAUACUUCCAUCUGCUAGAGAACUACAAUCUCCAUAUUUGUGCUGACUUGUCUACAAAUACUGUGAACAACAUCUAUUUUAGGAAUGCAGUUUAUAGUUUUUAACUGAUUUAAUUCCUACUGUGUGCUGCCAAUUUAGUGUGUCCAUCUGUACAGGUAGUAUAUUGAGGUGCAUUCAUCUAGCUCCACAACAAUAUUUUCCUAGCACUAAUGUGUCAACUCAGUGGUCCCAUGAUAAAUGUAUUUUCUGGAAACUUCUAGUAUCCAGGACAAAUGGAUCAGGAGAAUGUUGAGGAUAACCUGUACCUCUUUGUAUAUGCACUUUAUAGGCAGUUCUUCAGGUACUUUUCUAGUCUGUAGGAAUGUUACUGUUUAUUUAAUGUCACAGUAUUUAUUCAUUGUACAGUUUUGUCUGACAAUUUCUGAAUGUUAUGAAUUAUUGUAGUGUAAAAAUACAUUUGUAACAACACAAAAAAUAAACUUAAUUUGAAUAUCAAA